AUGUCAAUCCCAAUGAAGGAGGUGUGGUCUUUGGGCAUGUCAAUCCCAGUGAAGGAGGUGUGGCCUUUGGGCAUGUCAGCCCCACUGAAGGAGGUGUGGCCUUUGGGCAUGUCAGCCCCAGAGAAUGAGGUGUGGCCUUUGGGCAUGUCAGCCCCAGUGAAUGAGGUGUGGCCUUUGGGCAUGUCAAUCCCAGUGAAGGAGGUGUGGCCUUUGGGCAUGUCAGCCCCACUGAAGGAGGUGUGGCCUUUGGGCAUGUCAGCCCCAGUGAAUGAGGUGUGGACGUUGGGCAUGUCAGCCCCAGUGAAAGAGGUGUGGCCUUUGGGCAUGUCAGCCCCAGAGAAUGAGGUGUGGCCUUUGGGCAUGUCAGCCCCAGAGAAUGAGGUGUGGCCUUUGGGCAUGUCAGUCCCAAUGAAGGAGGUGUGGCAUUUGAGCAUGUCAGCCCCAGUGAAGGAGGUGUGGCCUUUGGGCAUGUCAGUCCCAAUGAAGGAGGUGUGGCCUUUGGUCAUGUCAGUCCCAAUGAAGGAGGUGUGGCCUUUGGGCAUGUCAGUCCCAAUGAAGGAGGUGUGGCCUUUGACCAUGUCAGUCCCAAUGAAUGAGGUGUGGCCUUUGGGCAUGUCAGCUCCAGUGAAUGAGGUGUGGCCUUUGGGCAUGUCAGCCCCAGUGAAUGAGGUGUGGCCUUUGGGCUUGUCAAUCACAGUGAAGGAGGUGUGGCCUCUUUGCCUUUCAGUCUCAGUGAAGGAGGAAGUGCGUCAUAUUGAAUAGUUUGUAUAUUUCACACAUAUUGAUCACAGAUCAUGUCUCAAAGUACACAUCGGAAGGAGACAUAAACACCCUUAAUGAUUAUAAAACAAACCAAUAUUACCUAAUUCGUAUAUUUAAAAAAAAACAAAUUCUAAUCCAGCACUUGUAAUACAACACGUGCGUUACAUCUGCGAUCUUCAGGAUUUUACAUUUGUAAAUAAAUUCUGUGACAGAUUUCAGAAUGAGGGAUACUACAAUUUGUGGUU